AUGAAAAGUCUUUUCAUUCUUUUAUUAGUUGUAUGUGUUUUAUCUCAAUCACAAAAAAUUGAAAACAUGGGAACAGACAAUGUAUUAAACGUUUUAUCAAACCUCGAAGCUGACAUUCGUGAUAUUGAAACAACAGAAGCAGUUAUUAGAGGAGAUAUAGAAUAUGAUAGAAAUUUACAUCAAAUGCAUUUAACUAAAUAUGAACAAUUCCAAAUUAAACAUGAACUCGCAUUUUAUAGAAAACAAUUAAAACAAACAUUAAAGGUAAAAAAAGUAUUAGCUCAACGAUUCAUUAAUUUCAUGAAUAAAGUUCCAAAAAAAGCAGUGAAAAUUUUUGAAAAGAAGUUUAAUUUACCAAAGAGAAUAACACUUUUAAAAAAAUGGGCACAAGGUCAAAAAUUAUACAUUGAAUAA